AUGUCACCACUUCACAUUGCUGUUCAACAAAAAAAUCACCAAUUGAUCGAAAUUUUGUUGGAGUUGGAGGACAUCGACUGUAGCGACACGGCUUUGCACGCGAUUCGAGAAAACGAGAGCGAAAUAGCGAUGAUGAUACUCGACAAAAAGCGGUCGAAAGCUGUAAUUUCGGAAUACGAGCCGGCGAUCGGUAGCUCGGAAUUUCCUGAUGAAAUGACACCUCUCGACGUCGCAGCUCAGUGCGGCCAUUACGAAAUAAUUAAACUUCUGUCAGAGCGAGGUCACAAAAUAUCGAAACCGCAUAAACCGAGCUGUAACUGCAAGGAAGUAUGCAAGCCGAGAAGAGCGAUCGAGGAUCCAUUGACGAUCGACAAAUUCCGUCUGUCGCGUUACAAAGCGGUGUCCAAUGGAGCCUACAUAUGUUACAAUUCGCCGGAUCCUUUUCUCGAAGCUUUCAUACUGUACGUGGAGCUCGAGGAGGCAGCGUCAUAUGAGCGGGAGUUUUACAAAGCUUACAAGAGCCUCGCUGAGAACGUAGCUCUAUUCGCUACGAAUCUUAUCGCAUGUACCAGAAAAGCCGAAGAAAUCGAACUCAUAUUGAGCCAAAAGAGCGGAAUAAACCGUCAGACGAAUUUCAAGUUUCCAAGACUUUUGCUCGCUAUGGAAUGCAAACAGAAAACCUUCGUGGCUCAUCCGCACGUUCAACAGGUGAUCGAACAUAACUGGAUUGGGGAUUGGUACGAGUGGAAAGACAAAUCAGUGCUGAAGAAAGUAUUGUUAGUAAUAACUCGCAUUCCCAUACUCCCGAUAAUCGUCAUUAUGCUCAUAUUUGUGCCGAACAUAUCGAAAUCAAAGAGAUGGAAAAUCCCAGUGAAUCGAUUUCUGUCAGGAAUCUCAAGUUAUUUGAUUUUCCUCAUUUUCCUGCUCAUCGAAACGACUAUCGACAAGUGCGAUCAGCAGCGAGGACCGCCAGCGAGUGGUUUCGAACCUGUGAUCGUCGUGUACGUCAUAUCGUACAUAUGGGCAGCGAUACGUCUUAGCAUGGUUCACGGGCGAAGACGUUACUUUCGUUCUCUAUGGAAUUGGUACGAGGUCGUGAUGCUUUUUAUCUUCGUUCUGACUUUCUUAUUUUGGGUUAUUUCUGCGAUCGACGUCCAGCAUCGUGGUCAACGGGAUCUCGACAGAAAAUAUUGGCACAGAUACGAUCCAACCUUGAUAGCCGAAGGUCUCUUCUGCAUAGCAACGAUAAUGGCGUUUUUUAAACUGUUGUUCGUCUUUCAGCUCGAUUAUCAUCUUGGUCCUCUGCAAAUGUCUCUUGGAAAAAUGAUCAAAGACGUUACCAAGUUUCUGUUUCUAUUUAUGAUUGUUUUACUCGCUUUCUCAGCAGGGCUGGCCAACUUGUAUCAAUAUUACGACGGCAUGGUGCAGGUCGACGACGAAACAAAAAUAAAGACUCAACAAGCUGCCUCGUUUGUUGGCUUCGGCUCGAGCCUCAAGACACUUUUUUGGGCUAUUUUUUGUAUGAGCCCCAUCGAAAGUGCUGAUGUCGUAAUCGAAAACUUGGCCGGUGAAAAGGAAAACGAGACAAUUAUAAACAAACACACAUUCACAGAGAUGAUUGGAUAUUUAGCUUUCGCUUGUUUCGAGUUUAUUUCCGUUGUGGUUGUAUUGAACAUGCUGAUUGCCUGCAUGUCGAACACGUUCACUCAAUUCACGGACAACGUUGCCGUUGAGUGGACUUUCGGUAGAACCGAGGUUUACAUCGACGUAAUGGCCCACAACGCUCUCCCACCUCCGUUCAAUCUUCUACCAACGGGAAAUGAGAUUCAGCGUGUCGGAGAGUUUAUUAAACUGCUCAUCAAGCCGUCACCGGAGAAAAAAGCGCGAUGGAAUUUCAAGCGCUGCUGUUAUAUCGAUCAUGUAGUGAAAGAUGACCGGCAAAAAUUUCGUCUCCUUAUGGGGGUGCUUAUAAUGCGCUACUUCCGUACCAGAGAAGUCGAAGUCGAGGAAUCCAACACCGAGGGAUUGAGAAGAGAUCUCCAACAGUUGCGAGAUAUUGUUAAAGAAGCAAUGGAGAUUCCGGCGUAA